CUUCAAUUAACAUAAUAAUCUGUAUUAAUAUUUUGUACUUUCUUACUGAGCCUUCUCUUUCUAUCCUUGUGGUUGAAUUAGUAGGUAAGUGUACCUAUAUAUUGUCAUGCCAGCCCUUUCCCUUCCUGUCCUUGUGACUACAUUUAAUGAGCGGAUAAAAUAUUACUUGCAUCUAACUUGAUCUCUUGCAACCUUCUGCUCUGGGUUUCCCCUUGAUUCUUGUGAUUGCAUUUGUGGGUGAAUUAUUUUUGGGUACAUCUAUCUACCUUGGUCUGUUACAGCCUCCUUAUAUCUUCUAGCUCUGGCCUUCCCCUUCUAUCUUUGUCAAUGAAUUUCUUCUAUCCUUAUCACUGUAGUUUUCAAUGAGUAAGGAAAUCUGAAUGCAUCUAAUUUGGUGCUUUAUAACCUCUUGCUCAGCCUUUCCCUCUUUAUCAUUCUAGUCACAUUUGCUUGUAAACAAAAUGUUUAGAUGCAUCUAUGAUGCUGCCUAGCAAUUUCUUGCUGGACCUUUUCUUACUAUUCUUGUAGCGGUUGCACCUGUGUGAAUAGAAAGUUGGAUGCAUGAAGGCUCCUGCAACUGUAGAAGCCCCACUCUUUGCUGAGUUACAUUAUUUAGAUUAUUUUGUAUAAUAGUAUUAUAUAUCUGGUGUAGAAUUGAAGCCUGCCUUCUGCAGCCCUUUUCAGUAGUUGGGUUGGAGGAGAAGAGAUUUGGGAAUUGACAUUCUGUUUUCCUUGAUUGAUAUGUUACAGCCUUUACAUAAUUUAGGCUAUCUUAAGUGUAGUGAUUGCUGUUUUCAUUGAUCCUGCUGCCAUUCGGGAAAAAGUGAGUCAUUUUUCAGGUGGGGAAGGGAACUCAUUUCUAUAAUUAUUUUGGGUUAGGGUGUAUUGGAAGUGAAUUAAAUAGGGCCCCCAUAGGUUUCUUGUAUUGGGAGGAGUUGAACUGGCCUCUGUCAGCACAAGAACCAUGGAGGGUGCUUACUUUGUGGGACGCAAUGAAAUAUUGAGCUGGAUCAAUAACACUCUGCAACUCUGCAUCACCAAAGUGGAAGAGGGGGCCUCUGGAGCAGUUUACUGCCAGCUUAUCGAUGCCUGCAACUCUGGAGUUGUACCAAUGCACAAGGUUAAUUUUGAUGCCAAGUCUGAGUAUGAGAUGAUCCAAAAUUAUAAGGUCCUUCAAGAAGUCUUCAACAAGCUUAAUAUAGCUAAGCAUAUUGAUGUAAACAAGCUCGUGAAAGGAAGGCCACUUGAUAAUCUUGAAUUUAUGCAAUGGCUGAAACGAUACUGUGAUUCAACAUAUGCCAGAAACCCUACCUCAAGGAGUCCUUAUAGACCGGCAGAGAGGAGGGAAAUAUGCAAGGGAGGAAAGGAAAUCAACAGGAAAACAGCUCUGGCUCAAAAUUCUCAAAUUCCAGGACCAAUGAAGACAUCAGUAAACUCAAGGCCGGAAACACCAGCCCUUAGUUCCCGUCAAGCAGAUUCUAAUGGUAGUUUGGAUGGAUAUUGUAAAAGUACACGAAAUAACCCAUCAUCAUCAGAAGCCGCAUCACAGAUCAGGGCCUUAUUUGAACAAGUUGCAGAACUCAAGGUUGCAGUUGACAAUCUGGAGAAGGAAAGAAACUUUUACUUUGGAAAACUCAGGGACAUUGAGAAUAUAUGUGCAAACCCUAAACUGCUACAAGUUCCAGCAAUAAGAACCAUUCAGAGACUGCUCUAUUCAGAUCAAUAUACUGCUGAUUCUGAAUUUGAAACCACAAAUGGACAAGACAACGAAACCUCGAGCCUUGUUUCUGAGGUCUCGGAUGUCCAACCUCCUAGAUCCCAAGGGCUUUUGGAGCAAGAUGACUUGUCUUUGUAUGAUUCAGCAGCAGAGUACAAGGGAGAGAUUCUUGGAGAUUCAGUUGAAGAGUUCAAUUGUGACAUUUUGGACUGUGAUUCAGCCGUUGAAAGCCGAGCUGAUACUUCUACUAUUAUGAAUGGGAAUAGUAAUACUAAUAGUGAUCAUGUAGAUCAAUACAAUCAGCAUGCGCCAUGUUUCUUUGAGGAGAGCUUCAGCAGCACAGCAUCGGCUGCAGUGAGUGUAUAGAUUUAACUAAUUACUGAUUGUUCGUGCACAUUUGGGUCUGAUUUUUUUUUAAAUUUGUUGUGUUGAAGUAAAGUCUCAAGGCACUCUACUGCCACCAUGGAGUGUGGAGAAUUGCAAAAAAUAAAUUUGUCAAAUUGGUAUAUUGGGAUAGGAAGCUUAUCAUAAGUUUUGCAGAGUCGUAUAAUGUUGAUUAUUGUUGUUAACUAUAUAUUAUAUGGUAAUUGAAAUUUGAUCAA